CGGACGCUCUCCGUGUUGGAAAUAACGGAAUACCAUGUACAUUGCUUCAGUAUUUACCUACUACUGAUGUGGUUUCUAUUGAUAAAUCCUGAACACUUAUUAACAGCACCCUUACAGAGUGGGUGGUCAUGGAGUGGCCGGGGGACUUUCCACACGACCAUGCCUUCAUGGAGCUGCUGGUCCCUGGGGUGCCAAGCGAGAUCGACUACCAGCAGCUUCUCCAAGACACAGAGGAAAAGCUCCAUCUCAAUGCCAGCAGUAUUGAGCAGAGCCUGAAGGAGCUGCAGGCCAAGAUGGGAGGCGGCCUGACCGGGGAGCUGCCUGCGAGCCCCACAGAGAUCCUGCAGUGGCUCAGUCCCCAGAGCAUCAGUGGCACCCGGCCGGUGGCCACAGGACAUCAGGACAUCAUGGACUUCCUCAAGGCUUUGCACCAGUACCUGGGCUCGGACGAGGAGGGCAGAGAGGAGACGGUGCUACUGCUGCUGGUGAACCUGUCCUCCCAGUGCGGCAUCUCCUUCUCCAGCCCCCCCUCCUCCUCCUCCUCCGGCUCCCUCUCAGGGCAGCAGGCCACCUCCUCGUUCCCGGUGGUCAACGCGCUGAGAGACGACUGCUCCCUGGAGGUCCAGGAGGCCUGGGACGACGUGCGUCGCCCGCUGCGGCGCCACCUGCUGGCCCGGCUGUCCUCCUGCGCUCCAGAGGAUCAGGGACCCAGGCGGCUGUUUACCUUGUCCCUCGCCGAACGGGUCCACUGCCUCCAGCAGCUUUGUUUCCUCUUUCCUGAGGCUGAAGUGCUUUCACACUACCAGGCGGUGAGGAGCCAGUGGGUUCUGUCCUUCCUGCACGCCGCCCUCGGCUCGUGUCCCGCCGGCGAGACGGGCUUCGACAGAGUCUCGUCCGCCCUCCACGCGGCUCGGCCGGCCCUGGUCACGGCGGUGAGCGAGGAGCUGCAGGUGCUUGGCGGGGUCACGGAGACCCUCCACGCCGUCCUGGCCUUCGUGGCCGCCGCCUACCUGUCGCCCCUGGCCCGGGAGCUGGCGUCCGUGAUGGAGCGGGAGGCGGAGACGGCGGUGAAGGAGAACACCACGCUCAGCGGCCGGAUCCUGCGCUACUCGGCCAAGUCCAAGGCGACCGUCGCACCGAUGGAGCUCCCUAAAAACGGCCGAAGCUUCAAUAUGACCUCCCACCAGCUGGUGGCGCUGUCGCGGCUCGCCUGCACCCUGCUGCUGCUGGAGAGCAGUGUGGAGGAGCUGGCCGUGAACAUGGCCUACAUCAACAGCUCCAAAGACACUCCCUGUGUCAAAGGCAUUUUGAAGAAGACGAGAGAGGAGAGGAGAGAGGAGAGGAGAGAGGAGACAUGUGCGAUGGGGGACUUGAACCAACCCCCCGGAGAACACCACGUCCACCCCCCGGAGGCGUUGCUGCUGGCGGACUUUGACUGGAGGUCCGCCUUCAGGGGGCUGGUCCCCCAGAUGGCCCACUGUGUGACGGUGGUCCUGGAGGACGUGUGCAGCCGGAGCCUGCAGCAGGAGGAGGCCUCCUUCACCUCGGGACACACCCUCAUCGAGCUGAGCACCUGUGUCGGACACACCCCCGUCACCGUUGGCGACCAGCUGGCCGAAGAUGACUACUCCCACACCUGGCCUGAGAUGGACACGCCCAGAAGGAUUGCAAAGUUCUGCGCCGCACUCCUGGCCGAGCUGGAGGCCCUGCUGCCCCUGGCCGUGGCGUGCCGGGACGGCCCGCUGACGGAGGUGCGGAGCAGCUUCGUGGAGGCGUGCGGCCGGGUCGCCUCCGCCGCCCUGGGCCGGCUGGAGGAGAGGGCCCUGCAGGUGCCGGGCUCUGCCCCGCUGAGGAACCUGCCCGUCCUGCUGGCCUCCUGCGUCUGCAUCGGCCAGCGCCUGGCCCACUACCACGCCAGGCUGAGUGACAGCGCCCCCACCAGCGCCGCCACCAGAGUGCCGCUGACCCUACUGCCCCUCCAGAGGUACACCGACAUCGCGGAGGCCCUCAGAGACCAGCUCACCAGCUACAGCGUCCAGGUGUGCUCCACCAGCCUCCUGCAGGACGCAGAGAGCCACCACUGGGCGGACCCCAAGCCCUUCUACGAGGGCGAGCGCUGUUCCUUCUCCCUGCAGAUGUGGUUCUACUUCCUGUGUGGGCUGCGCAGCGACCUGUGGGCCGUGCUUCCGGCCGGUCUGGGCCGGGGGGUCCUGGGCCAGGUGCUGGGGGAGACUCUGCAGCUGCUGGUGCAGCGCUACGCCCGGGUGCGCCCCACCUACAAGAGAUACCCCCAGAUCAGGUGUGACAUCACGGCGGUGCUGCUGUAUGUGGAGCAGUUGAUGUCCAGUGUGAGUGAGUCCCCAGAGGCGAUGGCCCGCCCCCUCACGUCCCCAGCAGCUGCCUCGGGCCUCCGGGACGCCGACUGGUCCUCUAGGAUCCAUCACCUGUGCGACCAGCUCCUCACCGUCAUGGUGGUUAGCAGCGCCCCCCUCCCUCUGCUGUGCGGGAACUUUAUGAGUGAAUCCGGGAAGAACUCCGAAGCGACCGACCCACAUGGCUUCAUCGGGGUACACUGGCUCCAUGCCCUACACCCUGAUCUGUACCCAGAGCAGUCAUUAAGUGAUGAGCUGGUGGGCCCGGCAGCCAGUGCCUGUCAGCUGAGGCUGCUGACCUCUGACCCCGGAUACAGUCCCAGGCUGCUGCUGCGAAUGCUGCUGCAAGGAGACUGUCACCUGCCCAGGAUGCUCCUUGGCCACGCCCAUUUAUGCGGGGAGGGCAGCUCACGCGUCUCUCCGGAGGACUCCGAGGCAGGGAGUGACUUUGCUGUGGCGCUCUUCAACCUGCUCUCGGCUCUGAGCGCCGUCCCGGAGGCCCUGACGCAGGCGCUGGAACCCUACCUCGACGGAGGACAGGUCUGGGAGCAUCUCUACUCCCUGCCAGACCCCCCGCCCAGCGCCCCUCGCCUGGUGGGCUGUGUCCGGGCGGUGGUCUCCGGGCCGGCCCACUGCCUGCUGGGCCGCCUAGUGUCUAUGGUGGUGGGCUGGCAGGCGGUGGAGGACCCCGGCAGGGGGCCCUCGGGCCGCCCCCCCCCACAGAGCGUCCUGUCCAGGGUCCCCAGGGAGUGGAACUACCAACCCCGGGAGGCCCGCAGGAAGGAGCCCGCUGCCAGGAGCGCCGGCCCCCUGGCCGUGCAGGCCCUAUCCCUGGUGUUCACCAACCUGCCCCUGGCCGUGGCCUCGCUGCCCCUCCCUGUACGGUUCCUGUUCCAGGCGGCCGAGAAGCGGCUCUCCCAGCACGCCCGGCAGCUGCGCUCCACGGGCCUGCUGCUGUGGGCGCUGCUGGGCUGCCUGGUGGCGGGCCUGGAGGACCAGGACGCCGCCGAGCAGCUGAGCGGCGCGGCCCUCGGCCGAGGGGCCCGAGACUGCCUGGCCCUGCUUGCUGAGUGCCUGCAGGCCACCAUGGGCAUCCAGCUCAAGGGCGUGCCCAAACCCGCGGUGCUCAAGGUGCUGCAGGCCCUAGAGGACCACAGGCCCAACUGGACGACGCUCAUGCUGCAGAAGGCGCGCAGGCUGAGCUCUGACAGUGCGUUUGAGCAGAGGAGGUGGGAGAGCGCCAGGGCCCAGGAGAGAGGCGGAGGAGGAGGAGGAGGAGGAGGAGGAGGAGGAGGAGGAGGAGGAGAAGGAGGAGGCGUGGCAGCGGCGACGGCGGUGGCGGCCGAACUGACUGAGCAGAAAAUAGGGCUGAUGCUGCUGGAAGUGUGCCACGGAGCAGGUGGCAGCCCCUACCUGAGGCAGAUCCAUCACAUCAUCCGGGGCAAUGAGGAACUGUUGAUGUCCAGGCUGGCCGGAACCACGGACGCCGCUCACAGGGUGAACUUCCACCCCGGGUCUGAAGGCGACGUGCCUCCGAGCCCUUUCAACCCUCUGGUCCAGUUUGACCACAUCGGAAGGGAGAGGCUGGAGCAGAGGGCUGUGGCUGACUGGACGUGGGACUGGCCGAGGCUGCUGCCAGCCUAUCAGCCUCUGAGUCGGGUCACCUUCACCACCCUGCUGGCCAACAGGUGGGAGAUGCAGGACGAUGCAGAUCUGGAGGAUGAGGAGAGGGUGCUGGUGGAGAAGCUAAGAGCAGAGUUCUUCCCCUGUGACUGCGGCCCCAGAGGGAACGAUGAUGAGGAGGAGGAGGCUCCAGGAGCUUCUCAGACGCAGACAGAGUCUCCAGCAGAAGAAGCCGAGCCGACUGGUGAAAAUAUCCUCAGAUAGCACACGACGAACACACACGCACACAACACACACACACACACACACACACACACACACACACACACACACACACACACACACACACACACACACACACACACACACACACACACACACAAAACAC